AGUUAUAAACAUUAAUGGUAAGUUAAUAAAUGUGAUAACAUAAUAGAUAACAUAACUUUAUAAACAAAUAAAAUACAUUUCAAAUAUACAGUAAUAACAAAAUGACAGCAAAUAUUAUAAUUAAGACUACAUCGGGAAGAGUGAGGGGUCGAGUGGUUGUGGCGCUCAACACAACUCUAUACCAAUUUCAAGGCAUACCAUACGCUGAGCCACCCAUCGGUGCCAAAAGGUUUGCUAAACCCAAACCCAUUCAAAAGCCACGAAAUGGUAUAUUAGACGCCACAAAACCGGGUAAUUCGUGCAUGCAAAAAGUGUCAUCAUGGACUAUUGUUCCCAUCACUCAGAGUGAAGACAGUCUUGUGCUAAAUAUAUGGACACCAACUCUAAACACAGAUAACACAACGAAUCAGGCACUCAAACCAGUUAUGUUUUGGAUAUACGGCGGCGGACUUACAAUAGGGACAAUUGACAUGUACAACGGCGGACCACUGGCCGCACACGAUGUGGUGUUUGUGGCCCCGAACUACAGGUUAGGACAGUUUGGAUUUCUAUACGGGGAUCGGGAGGACGCGCCCGGAAAUGUGGGACUUUAUGACCAGUUAUUGGCAUUAAAAUGGGUUAGAGAAAACAUACAUUUGUUUGGCGGAGAUAGAGAUCAGAUCACCAUUUUUGGUGAGAGUGCCGGCGCGUGGUCUGUGUCCGCACACUUGUUGUCACAGUUAAGUAAAGGCCUAUUCAAGAGGGCUAUUAUGCAAAGCGGCGCUCAUAUGUAUAAUAAGGACAGGGAUGUGAUCAGUAAAGCUGAAGCCUUAGCCGAUGGAAAACGUAUCGCCAAAGAGUUGGGUUGGAGUGAAGACAUGGAUUGGAUUCAGUUUUUAAGGACAGUUGAGGCCAAAGAUUUGGUAAAAAUGGUGAACUAUAACACAUAUCCGGUUUUGGGCACAGAAUUCCUACCACUUUCUGCUCAAAAUGCGUUUAAUGAGAAUAAAAUUUUUAACGACAUCGAUCUAAUGGCGGGCAUCACCAGCACUGAAGGCUCUUCACUAUCUAAACCAUUCUUACCGCCAGACAAAGAGGUAUUUACUUUGGAUGACUUCGUUGUGGCGGUUAAGUCAACGGACGACAUGUUUCACAACAUAGAUGUUCAGAAAGUGAUGGACUAUUACCUGAAAGGUGUGGACACGAGUAGUACACCGGCUCUGAAGCGAGCGUUUUAUGAAUUUGUCGGCGAUUUAUGGGUAAAAUACCCGACAUAUUUAUUCGCCCGACAAAUGGCCACAAUUGUUGGCAAUCGGCAUAACAUAUACUUCUAUGAACUGACUCAUCAAAACCAGUUCUUUGCCAAAGUUUUUAAGUGCGAUAUCGAGGGGUCGACUGCCGGACACAUAAUGGACAUACCUUUCGUGUUCGGCAUGCCUUUCGUUGACCACUGGGCCCACGCCUUUGAUGAAACCGAUCGCCAGUUUAGUCGUGAUGUGAUGCGGAUGUGGACUAACUUUGCGAAAUACGGCAAACCGGACGACAAAUGGCCGCAACUGUUGAGUGAUCCGAAUGUACCGAAAGUGAAGGAUUUAAACCCCGACCCAAACCGACCCCCACUUCACGACCCGUACAUUUAUUUAUAUAACAAAGUUUGGAAAUCAUAUUUUUAA